AUGUCUUCCACAACCUCGCCCACGACCACGGCGCUGCCCUCGCGUGCGGCGACGGGACUCAGCUCUCAGACUGAGGAUGCCGUGCCCGAUUUCGAUUCUACAACGACGGCUGGACUUCUGGCGGAGCGUCUGCAGGCGUGGAAACACGCGGUCGGCUAUCUUGAGGAGUAUGUCACUGCCAUUGAGAAGAUCCACGGCCGUCACGCCAAGGAAUAUGAGAAGGCACUCAAGACCAUCUCCAACCCCCUCCGCGAGGGCCACCACUUCGACCAGAGCCUCGGUGGUGUCGCGGGAUACUUCGAGAACAUGCGGUCCAACACUCAGGCCAUGAUCAACACUAACCUCGAGACGGAGAAGAGUAUCAAGGGCUCUGUCCUACCCAUCCUCGAGCGCCUGCACAAGGAGAUCAAGCACAAAGCCAAGGAGCUCUCAAGCGGUGCUCAGAGCGGUGCCAAGGAGGUUGAUAAGCUCCGCAACACGACGCAGAAGCAGAUCGAGCUGCUCGGCCAACAAACGGCGUCGUUCGACUCGACCGGCGGCAAGAUCAAUGGACACGACGAUCCGUAUGUCAUUCACCGCGGUGUUUUGCACAGGCUGAGCAACCAGGUCAUCGCCGAGAACAACCACAAGAACGACCUCAUUGCGGUGCAGAACAACUUCAAGGCGUUCGAAUCACAUAUCCUUCAAGUCCUUCAGCAGGCCAUGGAGGCCUUUGUGCAGUUGGUCGGUGGCCAGGGCGAGAAGACCCGCGCGUUGUACGGCGACAUGCUGGGCACCGUCCAGUGCAUUCCCCUGGACUUUGAGUGGACAAACUUCACUCAGCGGAGCGCCGACAGGCUUGCCAACCCCAACGAUCCGGCGCGGUCGGUUGAUGCGAUUCAGUUCCCUAACAUGGACCACGCCGCCACGAAACCGUUGAUCGAAGGGUCGCUUGAGCGCAAGUCUCGCAACAAGCUCUCCUGGGGCUACUCAACGGGCUACUACGUUGUGACACCUUCCAAGUUCUUGCAUGAGUUCAAGGAUUCGGACGACACUCGCGCAGACCCGAAGCCUGAGCUCUCCAUCUAUUUGCCAGAUGCCGUCAUCGGAGUCCCCAGCGGUGACAAGUUCAAUGUCAAGGGCAAGGACCGGAGCAAGACGAUCAGCAGCAAGCUCACGGGCAGCGCGGAGCUGGCGUUCAAGGCGCACACCGCCGCGGAUGCGCAGAAGUGGUUCCAGGUCAUCCAGACAGUGUGCGGUGCCACGGGUCCCGCUGAGCCGACGUCGCCCGUGCCGGAGUCGCCGGUGGCCACGUCUCCUGUGGCCAGGAGAGCCUCGGGCGAGAAGUCGGAGGCGGCAAAGGUGGAGGACCAGCUGGCGAUGAACUCCCCCGUGGCCGAGACCCCAGCUCACGAGCACAAGGCACAAGAGGCGGGUGUGACGGGCGGUGAGGCGGCCCCGGCAACGACGGCGGCGGCAGCGGCGUCGCCUGUCGCCCCGAGUGCCGGCGGCGCCCCCGCCGAGAAGAAACUCGAGGCUGCGUAA